CCGAUUUAAUGUCAAUUAAGAAAUCCCAUGCGAAUUACAACAGAAACAGAGAUAAUAAUAAUACAAAAUAAUUAACACUAUUAUUAUUAAUGAAUCUCUCUCUAAAAGAGGGUUAAAAAGAAACUGAAAUAUCGAAAUUUGCCUUGUAGUGUGGAGACUUUUUUGUUUGUACUUUAAGACAAUAACACACACUGAAAUCUGGUUAUUCCAUAUUAUACACCUCUGUAAUCACACGCGGGUAUGUAUGUUGCAGCAUUUACACACAGCAGCGCAUAAACAGAAACUCGAAGCAUUUCAUCGACUCCGUUUCAUCCUCUAAAAUUUUAUUUUACUUUUUUUCAUGAAUUUGUUUUUCAUUUUACUCGUAUCACCCUUUCUCAGUUUUUCGUUUUUGCUCUAUUUUUUUCUGUGUUUUGUUUUUAUUCGGACCAAUGCCUUUGGUGUAUCCUCAUCAACCAUAUUCCAACACAUUCUUAAAGUAGAAGUCCUUUUUUUGUGAUCAAAAGGGGAUGCAAUCAAAAACAUUCUUGGAGUAAAGAGGAUAAUUUACACGCGUAUAAAUAAAUAUAAGCUUAUGAUAUCCGAAACAAGGAACCAAACCAUAACUGAUUUAUACUCACAGACAUUCCUCCAAUUUCAAUAAUUUUUCGAUAAUUAACAUGGAGAUUGUUAAUCACUAUGAUAAUAAUAAUAUGACUGUUUUUAAUAUUGACUCAGUUACAAGAAUAUGCAGUUGUGAGAAACCUUUACGCAGACAGACUUCUGAAUAUUGUGAAUAUUUCUGAACAUUGUUGUCCUUCUCUGUAGGAAGACGUUCAAAACAUUGUCUUUCACGUAGGAACAAAUACACAGUAGAAAAAAAAAAUAUCGGACUGAAAUAUGGAAAUUCUUUUGUCUUCGACGGUAUUUUAACAAGACAAAACAAUGCACCCUGGGCAAAACCCGUUUCACUGUCAGAUAUGUGGGAAAUCUUUCACGAAAAAUUCACAUUUUAUGGUCCACAAGCGUAGUCACACCGGAGAAAAACCAUUCCGUUGUGCAAUAUGCGGUAAGUCUUUUAUCUCUAACAGCAAUUUAACCAGUCACAGAAUAAUACACACGGGAGAAAAACCGUUCCAUUGUGAGACAUGUGGUAAAUCUUUUAGUAACAAUUCGAAUCUUGUUGUCCAUGUCCGUAGACACACCGGAGAAAAGGCCUACCACUGUGAACUAUGUGAGAAAUCCUUUAUUACUAAUGGUCAGUUAAAAGCACAUCAGAGAAUACAUUGUAGAGAAAGCUUGUUUCAUUGUGAAGUGUGCGGGAAAUCAUUCUUUAGAAAUUCACAACUUACUAUCCAUAAAAGGGUUCACACGGGAGAAAAACCUUAUCGCUGUGAAAUAUGCGGGAAAUGCUUUGUUUUUAAUGCUCACUUGAAAUCUCAUAACAGGUUACACACGGGAGAAAACCUGUUCCACUGUGAACUAUGCGGGAAAUCUUUCAUUAAAAGUUCUAAGCUCGCUAUCCACCAAAGAAUUCACACUAAACCGUAUUGCUGUGAAGUAUGCGGGAAAUCCUUUGUGUCUAACAAUCAGCUGAGAACUCAUAGCAGAAUUCAUACUGGGGAAAAACCUUUUUGCUGUGAGAUCUGCGGUAAAGCAUUUGUGACAAAUGGUAAUUUGACAACUCACAAACGAAUUCAUACUGGGGAAAAACCAUUUCAUUGUGAAACAUGCGGUAAGUGCUUCACGUCAAACGACCACUUAAAAACACACAAAAUUGUGCACACGGGAGAAAAAGCUUAUCGUUGUGAAAUCUGUGGCAAAUAUUUUGUCUCGAAGACUAAUUUAAUAAUACACAAAAGGAUACAUAGUGGGGAAAGACCAUACUACUGUGAAAUCUGCGGAAAAUCUUUUGUGUUCAGCAGUAAUUUAACGAGACAUAAACGAAUACACACGGGGGAAAAACCGUAUCAUUGUGAAAUCUGUGGAAAAUGUUUUGUUUCUAAUAGUAAUUUAACAACGCAUAAACGAAUACACACAGGGCAGAACCUGUUUCAUUGUGAAAUAUGUGGGCUGUCUUUCAUAGAAAACUCUCGGUUGACGAUCCACAUACGAAGCCAUACGGGAGAAAAACCAUAUUGUUGUGAAAUCUGCGGGAAAUCUUUUGUGUCCAACAGCAAUUUAACGACGCAUAGUAGAAUACACUCUGGAGAAAAACCAUAUCACUGUGAUAUCUGUGGAAAGUCUUUCAUUAAGCAUUCGAAUGUUGUUAUUCACAAACGAGCCCACACUGGAGAGAAACCCUAUCACUGUGAAAUAUGUGGAAAAUCAUUCUCUGUUAAUUCGAGUCUUGUUGUUCACAAACGGAUUCAUACUGGGGAAAAUCCGUUUCACUGUGAGAUAUGUGGAAAAUCUUUCGUGGAAAACUCUCAUCUUACAAUUCACAAGCGAGCACACACGGGAGAAAAACCGUACCACUGUGAUAUAUGCGAUAAGUCAUUCUCGGUUAGUUCUAGUCUUCUAGUUCACAAACGUAGACACACUGGAGAAAAGCCGUACUGCUGUGAAAUAUGCGGGAAAUCUUUUGUGAAUAAUAGUGAUUUGAACCGACACGAACGAAUUCACACGGGAGGCAAACACUACAGAUGUGAAGUAUGUGAAAAAUCAUUCGUUACGAACAGUCUCUUGAAAAGGCAUGAACGGGUACACACUGAGGGAAAGCCUUUUCACUGAUGUGAGAAAUCCUGCUUUUGAAAAUCUAAACACCUACCAACAGGUACACAUUCGAGAAUGUGGUAAAAUAUAUUUUAGAAAUGGUUCUAUGUGAAUUUUCAUCGGGUUUCAAAUGUUCUCUCAAAUGGGAGUUUAUUUGAGUCUCUGUAAAUAUUUAUUAAAAUUAUAAGUAUUUUUAUUCAAAUAUUUACAAAAUCCAAAGGAUUAAUGAUUAGACACU